AUGACUAUUCUAACGUUUCCGUCGUUCGGUGGCAAGUCGGACAAAGCGCCGUUGAUCAGUGACGAAGUCCACCAUGAUCAGACCCAGCCUCCGCCGCCGUAUCACCCUAAGUUCUUGGAGACUGGCGAAGGUGGUUUGCCGAACACCAAAAACAACAAUAACGGCACUGGCAGCAGCAACGGAAAGUCGGUCGGCAAAUGCAUCCACCAGUCGGUCGAGUACAGACGGUUGGUGCACAAGAUGGCCAAGUUCACAGCGAUCCUGUUUGUGUUCUUACUGGUCCUCUAUUUUGCCAUCGACACGCUCUGCAAGGCUUACGUUCAUGACAUACAACAAAAGCAACAGGAUACUGAGGACGACGCCGCCGCAGUGCCUUGCAAAUCUUACUCGUCGUAUGCAGAUGCUGAGAACGAUAUGAUUUUAUUGCCAGACUCUCCACCGCCGAGUGCCAAAAACAUGGUCAUCUCUAUGGUCAUCAACCCAGGGGAGGGAGUCAUUAGAAAGUCGCCACAGAUCACCAUAAACAAAUCGGCCCGCUUCUUGCAUGACUUUAGCGUCAACAUUACCGGCAUCGUUGACUUUCAGGUCCAACGCUGUUACGUUAUGCCGCUGCUUCGCAAUUCUGUUGAGCCACCCGAGUCUCUGUACGAUAUGUUGCUUAAAAUGUCAACAGGAUACUAUUCUGUGGAUAUGAACAAAAUUAUCAGUAACUUUCACAUGGUCAGACCGGCCAUCACCAAUCUUUCUGACUACGGCAUGUACAUUUCAAAAGACUGUGCUGACUAUCCCACUUUCAAACUGGAAAAAGACAUUGCGACCGAUUCUCCAAUAGAAGUUUACUGA